AUGGCAUCCCCCGGACCCACCCAGUUCUUCACCGACGCAAUUGCCGCGGUGCCUUAUGACGAAGAUCCCCAGAAGGCUAUCUUGGGUCUUGACGAAUGGGAAAUCCCCGAGUCAAUUUACCGCAAAGAUGGUUCCUGCAUGUCCAUCUGGGAACUGGCUCGUGCCAAUGGAUAUCACUUUGAAGGAGACCCCGAUGAGGCUCCUGGCUCGGAUUUCGACAAGGCCUUUGUCGAAUUCGGCGUGAACCCUGUCGUUGGCCCAGCGACCUCGGAUCACCUGGAGCUUGACCCUGAAUCGUCUACUCCCAUCAUGAUCGAUGAUGUGACUCCGCCCAACACUUACACCAACCAUUCGAGCACAGUCUAUCCACUGGAUACCCUCAAUUGUCUCGAAAACGCCGACUUGGGUCCUCCCAUGGCAGUUGUUCAACUUACUCCCGCCAACAAUGCUCCUGCCACCCAAAAGGCUCCAGUCACCAUUGGUAAAGCUGUUAAAGUCGCUCCUGUCAUUACUGCUCCUGUCACUGCUGCUCCUGUCACCCAACUCGUUGCAGUUACCAAAGUUGCACCUGCAGUCGCUGAAUACGCUCCGGUCGUCCUUGAUCCAGCUGUUCAAGUCACCCCCGCCAUUGAUGCUCCAGUCACCCAAGUCGCUGCAGUCACCAAAGUUGCUACUGCAGCCACCGAACGCGCUCUCAUUGCCAUUGAUCCAGCUGUUCAAGUCACCCCCGCCAUUGAUGCUCCAGUCACCCAAGUCGCUGCAGUCACCAAAGUUGCUACUGCAGCCACCGAACGCGCUCUCAUUGCCAUUGAUCCAGCUGCUCAAGUCACUCCCACCACUGAUGCCCCGGUUACCCAAGUGAACCCUUCCAUCAGCAGCAUCGCCCAUGUUGUUCCAGCCGCCAAUGUUACUCCGGCCCCCCAACGCGCCCCGGGAAUUGUUGAUCCAGCUGUCCAAGUCACUCCUACUACCGGUACAGCAAUUGGAACAGUGAAGGUCUUUGACUUGCAACAUGGCAAAUCGCGACGCCAGCCUGCUAAGCAACCACCCAAGCAGAAGGCCAAGCGGGUCCCCAAGAACAAGCAAGAUGACGAGCUACACAAAAGGCAGAAGAAGGCAAAGGUGCAAAGCACUCCACGCAAGGAGAAGGGAAAGGCAACUGUGGCCCCAGUCGCACCACCUCAGACGAUUGCGCCCGCCCUGACGACACCAAUGCCUACCCCAAUGAGUCGUUUCCCUACUUCGAUGACUCCCGUCCCUGCCCCGGUGACCCCGGUGAUUGGCGACGCUCGCAAGACAGCGGCAGAUUCCAGCGAGCAGGAGCAGCUUCAAAUCGAACAGCGUCUCCGAGAUCAAGAGCAGUAUCUUCGUCUUGAAUGGCGCCAACUUCGACAGCACGAAGCUCAGUUGAAACAACAGAAGCCCGGAGACGAACAGCAGCUCCAGCUCCACCAACAGCAGUGUCAGAUCAACGAGAAGCAGUUUAAGACGUGCUGUCAAAGGAUUAACCUGCACAGAGCGCAAGUCCGUCAAUUCCGGUAUCAGCAACAGCAACUGCAACUGCGGGCAGCGCAACAACAGCCACAGCAAUUCCAACCUGAAGCGGCUCAGCAAGUCCAGCAGCCCACCCAACAAAUCCAGGGGGUUUAUUUCACCCCUACCAAGGAGAGCAUUCAGUCCGUGAUGCAAAAAACCCAGCAACUUCAAGCUUCAGCGGAGCGCAUGCAGUCUAUGAUACAACAACCUCGGCAAUUCCAAGUUGCAGCAACUCAGCAAGUUCAGCAACCUGCCCAAAAAAUGCAAGCAGACUUUCCCACUCCUCCCGAGGAGCACAUGCAGUCUGUGAUGCAACAAACCCAGCAACUUCAGACUAAAGUGGCUCAGCAAGUUCAGCAGCCCACCAAACAGACACAGGGAGCUCCCCCUAUCACUCCUAGGGAGCGCCUGCAGUAUAUGAUGCACCAAACCCAGGAACUUCAUAUUUCAGCAGCUCAGCAGCCUACCAAGCAGAUGCAGGGGAUUUAUUCCACCCCUACCAAGGAGCACAUGCAGUCUGUUUCUCCCCUUUCUGCCACCUCGCCCAAGAAGAGAAGCUUCCAGUUUAUGGAGAACAUUGUGCCUACCAACUUUGUGGCCAACCCAAACAAUCAUGCGCGCUGGAGUAUCACCCCCAAUGGCGACCGAACCUACUUGAAAGGACGUCAGGCAAAAAGGCACGAACCUCUCAGAAGUAGGAUCGGAUGGAGAUGGUGUUUGUCUGGCAGAGCCGUGAACUUUUUUCGAAUGAUCAUGAUGGAAUGA